AUGGCGGCGCCUAAUGGUUGGUGGCGGAGACGGCGCACGGGGCCUGCGCAAUAGGAGUACGCUGCCUGGGAGGCGUGACCAGAAGCGGAAGUAGUUGUGGGCGCCUUUGCAACCGCCUGGGACGCUGCUGAGGGGGUCUGUGUAGGUUCGCGGGUCGCAGCGGGGGUCGUGAAGGAGUGCGCCGGGAGCGGAGAUAUGGAGGGUGAUGGUUCAGACCCAGAGCCUCCAGAUGCCGGGGAGGACAGCAAGUCGGAGAAUGGGGAGAAUGCGCCCAUUUACUGCAUCUGCCGCAAACCAGACAUCAACUGCUUCAUGAUCGGGUGUGACAAUUGCAAUGAGUGGUUCCAUGGGGACUGCAUCCGGAUCACUGAGAAGAUGGCCAAGGCCAUCCGGGAGUGGUACUGUCGGGAGUGCCGAGAGAAGGACCCCAAGCUAGAGAUUCGCUAUCGGCACAAGAAGUCACGGGAGCGGGAUGGCAAUGAGCGGGACGGCAGUGAGCCCCGGGAUGAGGGUGGAGGGCGCAAGAGGCCUGUCCCGGAUCCCGACCUGCAGCGCCGGGCAGGGUCAGGGACAGGGGUUGGGGCCAUGCUUGCUCGGGGCUCUGCUUCACCCCACAAAUCCUCUCCGCAGCCCUUGGUGGCCACACCCAGCCAGCAUCAUCAUCAGCAGCAGCAGAUCAAACGAUCGGCCCGCAUGUGUGGUGAGUGCGAGGCAUGUCGGCGCACUGAGGACUGUGGUCACUGUGACUUCUGUCGGGACAUGAAAAAGUUUGGAGGCCCCAACAAGAUUCGGCAGAAGUGCCGGCUGCGCCAGUGCCAGCUGCGGGCCCGGGAAUCGUACAAGUACUUCCCUUCCUCGCUCUCGCCAGUGACGCCCUCAGAGUCCCUGCCAAGGCCCCGCCGGCCACUGCCCACCCAGCAGCAGCCACAACCGUCACAGAAGUUAGGGCGCAUGCGUGAAGAUGAGGGGGCAGUGGCGUCAUCAGCAGUCAAGGAGCCUCCUGAGGCUACAGCCACACCUGAGCCACUCUCAGAUGAGGACCUACCUCUGGAUCCUGACCUGUAUCAGGACUUCUGUGCAGGGGCCUUUGAUGACCACGGCCUGCCCUGGAUGAGCGACACAGAAGAGUCCCCGUUCCUGGACCCCGCGCUGCGGAAGAGGGCAGUGAAAGUGAAGCAUGUGAAGCGUCGGGAGAAGAAGUCUGAGAAGAAGAAGGAGGAGCGGUACAAGCGGCAUCGGCAGAAGCAGAAACACAAGGAUAAAUGGAAACACCCAGAGAGGAACGAUGCCAAGGACCCUGCGUCGCUGCCUCAGUGUCUGGGGCCCGGCUGUGUGCGCCCCGCCCAGCCCAGCUCCAAGUAUUGCUCAGAUGACUGUGGCAUGAAGCUGGCAGCCAACCGCAUCUACGAGAUCCUCCCCCAGCGCAUCCAGCAGUGGCAGCAGAGUCCUUGCAUUGCUGAAGAGCAUGGCAAGAAGCUGCUCGAACGCAUUCGCCGAGAGCAGCAGAGUGCCCGCACUCGCCUUCAGGAAAUGGAACGCCGAUUCCAUGAGCUUGAGGCCAUCAUUCUGCGUGCCAAGCAGCAGGCUGUGCGCGAGGAUGAGGAGAGCAAUGAGGGUGACAGUGAUGACACAGACCUGCAGAUCUUCUGUGUUUCCUGUGGGCACCCCAUCAACCCACGUGUUGCCUUGCGCCACAUGGAGCGCUGCUAUGCCAAGUAUGAGAGCCAGACGUCCUUUGGGUCCAUGUACCCCACACGCAUUGAAGGGGCUACACGACUCUUCUGUGAUGUCUAUAAUCCUCAGAGUAAAACAUACUGUAAGCGGCUCCAGGUGCUGUGCCCCGAGCACUCACGGGACCCCAAAGUGCCAGCCGAUGAGGUAUGCGGGUGCCCCCUUGUACGUGAUGUCUUUGAGCUCACAGGUGACUUCUGCCGCCUGCCCAAGCGCCAGUGCAAUCGCCAUUACUGCUGGGAGAAGCUGCGGCGUGCAGAAGUGGACUUGGAGCGCGUGCGUGUGUGGUACAAGCUGGACGAGCUGUUUGAGCAGGAGCGCAAUGUGCGCACAGCCAUGACGAACCGCGCGGGAUUGCUGGCCCUGAUGCUGCACCAGACGAUCCAGCACGACCCCCUCACUACCGACCUGCGCUCCAGUGCCGACCGCUGAGCCUCCUGGCCUGGACCCCUCACACCCUGCAUUCCAGAUGGGGGAGCCGCCUGGUGCCCGUGUCCGUUCCUCCACUCAUCAGUUUCUCUGGUUCUCCCUGUGCCCAUCCACCGGUUGACCGCCCGUCUGCCUUUAUCAGAGGGUUUUUCCCUGUCUCCAUGUUCAGUGCCUGGUGGGGCUGCGGAGUCCACUCAUUCUUGCCUCCCCUCCCUGGGUUUUGUUAAUAAAAUUUUGAAGAAACUAA